GCGACGGCUCGGUCCUUCCUGCCGUCCUCGCCGCGGAUGCCGGGAUGGGGAAGGCGCUGCGCCGCCCGCCGCCGCCGCUGCUGCUGCUCCUCCUGCCGCCGCUGCUGCUCGUGCUGGUGGGCUCGGCGCUGCCGCCCGUGCCUCGCAUCUCGCGCCCCUUCCCCGAGGUGGAGCAGGUAGUGCGGCGCUUCUCCCACAAGACCGCCUCCAACUACAGCGUGUUCCUGGUGGACCCCGCCUCCCGAAUGCUCUACGUGGGAGCCAAGGAUGCCGUCUUUGCCCUGCCCUUGGAAGACAUCAGCCAAAGAAGCAGGAUGAUCUCUUGGAACGUGCUGCAGAGUCCUCGGAAUUCCUGCAAGAUGAAAGGCAAGAAGGAGGCCGAAUGUCACAACUUUGUCCGGAUCUUGGAGUUUGCCAACAGCACCCACCUGUUUGCUUGUGGGACUUUUGCCUUCGACCCGCAGUGCGGCUUCAUUAAAGCAAGUGAUUUCCACCGCGUGGAGAGCCCGGAGAGCGGCAGAGGGAAGUGCCCCUUUGAGCCCUCACAGCCAUCCACAGCCGUCAUGGCAGAUGGCGCCCUGUAUGCAGCCACAGUAAACAACUUCUUGGGGACUGAGCCCCUCAUCUCCAGGGCCACAGGAAACCCCGCGGAGCAGAUCCGGACAGACGCUUCCGUGGCAUGGCUGAAUGAUCCUGAGUUUGUGGCCUCGGCUUUCCUACGAGAGAGCAGGGAUGGUGAGGAUGAUAAGAUCUACUUCUUCUUCACGGAGACGGCCCGGGAGUAUGACUCCUUCGAGAAGGUCAGGGUGGCUCGUGUGGCCAGAGUCUGCAAGGGGGACUUGGGCGGCCAGAAGACCUUGCAGAAGAAAUGGACCACCUUCUUGAAGACUCAGUUGGUCUGCUCGGAUCCGGAAACAGGGACAGUCUUCAACAUCCUCAAAGACAUGGUCACUCUGCCCUCCGAGAACUGGACAGCCACUGUCUUCUAUGGGGUCUUUGUCGCCCAAAGGAAUGAAGCCGCGGGCUCUGCCGUUUGUGCCUACAGCGUGGAGAGUAUCCAGAGUGCCAUGAACGGACACUUCAAGGAGUUCAAAAGGGACUGUGACAAAUGGACCCGUGUGGUGCUGGGUGAAGUGCCCGAGCCGCGGCCAGGGGCAUGCAUCACCAACAGCAUGAAGCUGGCUGGCAUCGAGUCCUCACUGGCCCUCCCAGACCGAGUCCUGACGUUUGUUCGUGACCACCCGCUCAUGGACCAGCCGGCCCACCCCCUGGAGAACAGGCCAGUGUUAGUGAAGCCAGGCACACAGUACCGCCGGCUGGCAGUUCACCGGGUCAAAGACCUCUCUGGGCAGGAGCAUGAGGUUCUGUACCUGGGAACAGAGGACGGACACUUGCACAAGGCGGUGCAGAUGGGCGCCAAAGCUUCCCUCACGGAGGACUUGACACUGUUUGUGCAGCCUCAGCCGGUCCGGAGCCUGCACCUCCACCAGAACUGGCUGUAUGUAGCUUCUGACAGCGAAGUUACCCAGAUCAGCACGUCUAACUGUGCCAAGUAUGGCACCUGCCAGGAAUGCCUUUUGUCCAGAGACCCUGCAUGUGGUUGGAGCAAGGAGCUGGGGGUGUGCAGAGACCACCACGGGCACCCAGGGCUGCUGCAGGAUCUCAUGGCGUCGAAGGUGCCUGCGCUGUGCUCUCUGGAGAAGGAAGAGGCACCACCCACCAUGCUCGAAGUGCCAGCAUUGCUGACUGCUCGCGUGGUGCUUCCCUGCAGACCUCGCUCCGCAUGGUCCAGCUGUGAGUGGCAGAGACCUUCUCCAGAUGCUGCCCUCUAUGUCUGGCGUAACGAUGGUCUGGAGUUUACUGUGACAGAGGCGACGCUGGGGGAAUACACGUGCCGGUGUGCAGAGUCUGGGGUGAACGGCAUGGUUGCCUCCUACAGUCUGGUGAACGGUGCCUGGGCUGGCCCCAAGGCCUCCCUGUCGGCUGAGCGCAGCUACAGUGUCCUGGUUGGCGUGUUCUGCUUUGUCUUGGGCGUCAUCGUCAGCAGCGGCUGCCUUCUCCUGCAUGAGUGGCGGCGGCGAGAGCACAUGCGGAGGGAGCUGAUCAGUCGGGAGCGGAACGGGCUGGAUCUGCUGCCGUCGACCACCACCAGCUGCAGCCACGAGCCGCAGACCCCCAGCUCUCCGGAGGACGAACGCCACCCGCUGGCCCUGGCCAAGAAGAACGGCAGCCUCAACGGCUAUCCCCACCUCUACAUCAACGAGCUGGACACGGAGCAAGCACGCAUCUACUUGACAGGGGUCCCCCUGGCCAAGUGCGAUGAGACCUCCAUUUAGGAAGGCCCCGUGCUUUCUCUCUCGCUGAGGCCCUGUGGGGCCUGCCCCCUGGAGCCAGACGGGCCGAAGCGACGGUGCUGCUUCUGUGCGCUCUGCUUGCCUGAACCGCCACCCGAGCAGGAGUGUGUGAAUGUUGCAGAGCUCGGCUGCCUUGGGUAAGUUUCCAGAGCGAGGCCGUUUGCAGCAGAGAGCCGAAACCAAAGAUGGUCCUGGUGGAGCACGCUGAAGGGCUUCUGGGCCAGCCCUGCUCAGACUCCUGGGGGGUCUCCUCCAGUGCUCCCCAGAGAACCGAGGGGCUUUGGGACAGGCCACGUGGCUGGAUUCCGUGGCUUGGAGACGUUCUCAGACGGUGGCAAUGGAUGGUUUGAGUGGGAUUAACGCUGCCGGAGUGCUGCCCCCCCUUCCCAGGAGCCCCUCUUCACACGGCGGCACCCGUUGAGGCCUCGUGCUGCCUUUUCAAAGGGCAGACCGGCCUCCUGGCGUUCCCAGGUAGCUAAGACCGGCUGGCACGAGACCCCGACUUCUGUGGAGCCCACUUGGCUGCGAACAGAUGGCAACCGGGCAGGCAAAGGGCCGCACCCACAGCUCCCCCCCCCACACACAUCAGGAAAGACUGGGCUGCCCAGGUCCCCUCCUGGCUACCUCCACGCCGGUCCCUGUGGCCAGUCCUGUCCCCCCCUUGCCUGGCUUAUUCUGUUCGCUAGUAAAUGUGAAGGAACUUGCAGAUGAGGGUCUCCUGCCCCCAGCAGGCUGAGCUCUCUUGGAAGAGUCUCCCCACCCCCUCAUGAGCAGGCAGAUGGACUGUGUUACUCUCUGCUUUGGACAGAGGCCCCGUCUCUGGGGCUGCAUUCUGCUCGCACCCCAACUCUUCCCCUCCCCUCCCCUCCCCUCCCCCUGUUCUGUGGGCCCUCAGGACAAGAAGCAGGGCUGGGGCAGGGCACCUUGCUGUGAAACGGAUCUUGUGUCCCCUUAGUGUGGUAUUUUUGCUGUGGUACGACUUAACACGUUUUGUGACUUAUUAAAAAAAUGAAUCUAAGCGG